AUGGCAUCUCCGCGGCUGGAGGACUUCUGCUGCCCUAACAGGGAUUCCUCCACCGAAUUUAUAAUCAAUUUCCAGUCUAUGCUUUUCAGCGGCAUUUGCAUUGGUAGCUCUGUCAUCAGCCUUGUUUUGUCCAUACUGCAGAUUUUGCCCAAACGAAGAGGCUAUAGGCGGUAUAAUCAAUAUUCUCUAUCUAAGCCGGCCUCAUCGUCGCGGAUAAUUUUCAUGAUCAGUGUGUGCGAUAUCUUGGGAUGCGCAGGUAUCAUCUUCAGGUCGUCUGUUUGGAUAGGCAUGCCUACGCUCAUAAGCAGGAUCUCUGUGCCAGAAAACACUGACAUUUGGCCGAAGGUGUUCUGUGUUGGGAGUGCGAUUUGGAUCCAGCUAUUCUAUAGUGCCUCCUUCUGGUGGACCUUCUGUUAUGCUGUGGAUGUCUACUUAGUUGUCAAACGGUCAGCUGGAAUCAGCACCAUCGUGCUGUAUCACAUGAUCACCUGGGGCUUGGCGGUAUUGCUGUGCAUCGAAGGAGUUGCCAUGCUGUACUACCCGUCUGUCUCCAGUUGUGAGGAUCGCCUGCUCCACGCCGUCCCCCAUUACAUCACAACCUACGCGCCGCUGCUGUUGGUGCUCCUCGUCAACCCUGUGCUGUUCAGCCGAACUGUGGCAGCGGUUACCUCAUUACUGAAAGGUGGGCAAGGUAUCUACACCGAGAAUGAGAGGCGACUGGGAGGAGAGAUCCAAACGCGCUUCUUUAAGAUCAUGCUGGUUUUCUGCAUUUGCUGGCUGCCCAACAUUGUCAACGACAGCCUGCUCUUUUACCUGGAGAUGCAGACAGACAUGACAGCCAGCAGCCUGAAGAACAUCAGGAAUGCCACUCUGAUCACAUGGUUCAUCAUGGGAAUCCUUAACCCCAUGCAUGGCUUCCUAAACACUCUCGCCUUCCACGGCUGGACGGGCUUCAACGCGCAUUUCAGGUUCUGGCCUUGCAGGGGGGCUCCUUGGGAUUCAGCCUCAACAUCAGGGCUUUGUGGGGACACCUACAACCCCGUCCCAGUGCUGUACCAGAGCCACGUGCAGGAGACCAAGAAGAGCAUUGCCAGCAAUGGCCGUCGGCUCUCUGAAAGCAUCAACUUCCUUUCAGAAGGUUCAGAGUCUAGUACUAUUGAGAUCCACAUUUCCAGUGAGCUGUGAGGCUGUACGGACUGCUGGGGAGCCCUACGAAAUGCUAAUGGGGGGAGAGAAGCGGCCCAGUCCUUCAGCAGCCUCCCCCUCCCUUCCUGG